AUGAAGCUCAAUUAUGCAAAACCAUUAUUGUUCUUAAUUUUCAGUUGGUUUGUACUUGCGAUUGACACACAGAUUUACUUGAAAAGAGCCAAUGAUUCAUGUCAAUUGAUUCCAGUUUUAUACAAAGGUCGAUUUUUACAGUACAAUUGCCCUGGAGAGACACAUUAUAUGCUUGCUGAUGAAGAAUUUAUUGCAUUAAGUAACAUCACCAAAAAUGUUCCCGAACGGUUAACAUUACUGAACGGAACGAUUUUCAACUACAAGAAACAGCACUCGAAUCGAAAUUACACUCACCAACUAAUUCGUUUCAUUGACUAUGCAACCGCUCACAUUAAGCAAGUGAGUCUCAAUAUUGCAAAUUACUUUCAGCUUCGAACAAAACCGUGUCAGAUAAACCAAAAAAUGGCCACCAGUAAGGAUGGCAGCAAAUAUUUGCAUAUUCUGGUUGAAGCUACCAAAACCUGUGAUAAGCUGGCACAAAUUUCCGCAAUUCUAGAAUCCAUGGAAGAGUGGUUAAAAAAUCACGAACAUUAUUGCGGUAUAUGGUGUACUCGUGAAUCCGAUAAAGGGACUUGGGCAGGGUUGAUUCUGAUUGGACUGAAUAAAGCUUUUUCGUUGGAGUCGUGUGGUAAUUAUGGGACAUAUGGACAAUGUGAAGAAACUAACGGUUGA